AUGGGUCCGAUCUCGCUUUUCCUGGGCAUCCAAGUGCAUCACACACAAGCAGGAUACUUCUUAUCUCAAGCUCAUUUCGCACGAAAGAUCCUGAAUGACGCCGGAUUCGCUGAUUGCAAAGCCGUGCCGACGCCGCUCUCGUCCACUUCAACUCCAACAUCAUACGGAACUCAUCUAUUCCACGACCCCACACUCUAUCGCCGCAUUGCAGGAUCGCUUCAAUAUCUAUCCAUUACUCGCCCAGACAUCGCCUUUGCCACAAACCGUACAUGCCAGCACAUGAAGGAUCCUACCGAUCGCGACUAUCUAUCUCUCACCCGGCUUCUCCGAUACAUCAAAGGGACCGUCUCAUACGGUCUUCCGAUCACAACCGGCGACCUACAACUUCGGACCUACACCGAUGCUGAUUGGGCAUCCGACAAAUCGGACCGCAAGUCCAUCUCCGGGUUCUGCACCUUCCUCGGACCUAACCUCAUCUCCUGGUCUGUCAAGAAACAGAUUACCGUCGCCAAGUCUUCGACCGAGGCUGAAUAUCGGUCACUCUCCGCAGCCACUUCGGACGUCAUCUGGCUCCGCCGUCUAGCGUCCGAACUUCACUUACCGCAGCAGCAACCAACACCUAUAUACUGUGACAAUCAAUCUGCUAUUGCCAUUGCCAAGAAUCCGGUAUUUCACGCAAGAACCAAGCACAUCGAAAUUGACUACCAUUUCAUCCGGGAACAUCUCAGCAAUACCAAUAUACAAAUUCAUCACAUCUCCUCCAAAGAUCAAGUGGCGGACAUCUUGACCAAACCAUUUGCUCCGGCUCGGUUCAACGAUCUUCGCUCCAAAUUAACAAUUCAUAGUAUGAAUUAUUAA